AUGGAGCCUUGCAAACCAUUUUCUGGUGCGCGAGCCGGCCUACCGCCACCGAGACACCCCGACCAAGGCCUCGCGCCGAGCGGCACCACGACCCGCAACGAGGAGCGCGCCGUGACGCUGCGUCAUCCGCGAUAUCCCGACGACUCCAACAUCUUGCUCGUGCUGCCGGCACUUGAUCCCAUUCCCAGCCCGGACGGGUUUUUAGCCGAGGACAAUUCUCUCGGGCUUGGUCUGCACCACGACACGGCGCGCGUUGCGUGCGGCAUCAUCGCCAACUGUCGCUGGGAUGGAUACCUUUCCGAGAGCAGGGUGGACGGCGCGCCACCGUUCACGACCGACCCAGACCAUCUUUUGCCGGGGCGCAACUACUACUUUCAUGUGCCGAGAGACACUGGUGAUGAUGAGCAGGGCACGCCGUACCCAAUCGUGCCAUCCUUUGCACACUUCCGGUUCCCGCACAACAAGUUGCCGCCCACGUGGACGGUUUCUGGGUUGUCCUUCCCCCCGAGCGACAACAACCCGCCGCGUAAGUUCUCUUUUGAGAAUACGGUCCUCACGCGCGACGGCUCUUGCCGCCUGACGGCUUCCACGAUUGGCGCCGAGAUUGCCCACUUCAUCCCCCGCACUGAGGACGCCUGGUUCGCCGCGAAUCAAAUGUUCCAGUAUUCGUCACGGCCGGAGGCUGUCAUCAACAACAAGACCAACAACCCGCGCAAUGCCAUACUGAUGGGCUCCCAGCUGCACUCCGUCUACGACCAGCGCCAAUUCGUCGUGCUCCCGAAAUGGGGCGCGUGGCUGAUCCACGUCCUCUCGGGCCGGCACGACGAGGAGCUGGCCUCCGUGUACCACAAUGUCCCGCCGAAGCCACUGUCGGGCCUGGCGGUCGAGUACAUCUUUGCACGAUUCGCAUGGACGGUGCUCGCGCAGACGAGCUUUCUUGAGGCGGGUGUGCCCCGACUUGUCGUGGUGCGUGGCAAGGACGGGCUGCCAACGGCGCGCGAGGUGUCGGGACAAGACUGCCGCACCAUGUUCACGCCGAGCCUGCCCAGGUCCAAGAGCCGUAGUCAGAGCCCGAAGAAACGCGUGCGGGAUGACACGGCCGAGGAUGAAGAGGAGGAUUACGGUCGCGUGAGAGACGACGAUCCCGAGUGGAAUACGCGGGGACGGCCCAGGAAGAGGGCAGCCUACGAACCGUCCACGAAAUCGGCGGCGUCUAAUUUGAACUGCUGGACUGGUAAUUGUAACGCAGUGUGCUUAGCAAACAAAUGA